GUCGCUGAUAAGAGGUGAACUUUGACGCCUCAUCGACUUGAGUCGCUGCUAGUCGCUGCUAUCAUCACUUGUGUCGAAGGGUAGGAGUGGGCGAGGUACAAUUCCAACACACGAUGUCUAUUUCUAUGACUGAAGACUACAUCCGCCAAACCAAGGCGAUCACCGGCUUUUUGGCCAUCACUGUACCUCUUUGCAGCACGCUCGCCGGAUGUCUCACCUAUCAAUUCGUCCAUUACAUCUCCCAGAUCAACCGAACCCAGUGCAUUUCUGCUCUCAUCGCCACAGUUACUCUUGCUUUGAAUCUCUUGGGGAUGAUUUUUCAGAUUCUCAUCUUCAGAACCUUCACGCAUCGUGCACUGCUCGAGAAUGGACCUGUUUAUAUUCCAGAAUGGCAACUGAUCAGCUUGACAGUCAUCAAUCAUCUCACAGCUUCCUUCUCAAGAAUAUACUUUGCUCGGCUAGCUUCCACUAUGUUAAAAAAUCCACGUCCAUUCAUGUAUCUAUCAAUAUUUUUGGCUAUUUCAAGUCUGAUAGGAGUUAUUCUCAACUGCGUCUACACCUUGACAAACCAGAUAACCGUUUUUGAUCCAAACCAUCAGAUAUCAUGGAAGUCUUAUCUUUCCCAGAUACUUUGGAUCGGUUCAGCAGCAGUAUGGAACGGUUUGAUUUGUGCAGCGCUCCUAUAUAAUUUUUUGAACUCAGCCAAACGUUGUCGAUUUGGUUCAUUGGAAGGAAAGGCUUCUUUUGGUAUCGCACUGGUCUUCGAAUCCUUUCUCUUGGCUACUUUAAUCAUGGCUAUCACAUUAGUAGCCAUCCUAGUGAUAGACGUUCGUCUUCACAUUGACCCUGCCAGACUGCAUGUGAUCAAUGUAAGCUUGGAGAGUUUAUGCACGAGGUUUUUUGGAAUUUCUACAAUGUGUAGUCUUCAACACAAAGUUUAUGAGCAUUUGAAGCUUAGUCAAAGAUUAAUUCAAAGCACUGGGCCGAUUUUAAAUUCAAAAGCGACUCCGAAUCCGAUUGUUGAAGACGUGGAAUUUGUUCCCAAUCAUCUCGAAUUCACUACCCUCAGGGAAGGAGGAUAUGUAGAACAUGACUCUGUUUUAUCUUAUAUGGGAUCACAUAUGGGUGAAGCAGGAGAUAGUAGAGCGCUAGGAGUGGUUUGUGUCAAGCAUGUUCAACACCUACAACACCAGCAUUCGCCUGCUUCACUCGUCCAUAUUUCUGUGAUGGAUGAGACCAGAACUAGUCCUCGUGUGAGUGUAGAAUGUGUUACGGAAAAUACGGAAACUCAAAAGCAUUUAGAUGUGAUAGGGUCUUCACCUGAGGACAAAAAUACUGAUAGCUGAACCUCAGUCAAAUUUCUUAACAUAAAAUCUGUCUACGCGUUUCUCUUUGGAUGUGAUGUUUAGUGUUGUAUAUGUAUUUCAUUUGUAUUUGGAAACAGACGUUGGGCGCAAGUGCAGAUAAAAUGUCAUCAAAAUCUACGUUUCAUUCGAAUACUGACCCUCC